AUGUCAGAGCAACAGAAGAAACUAGCGCAAAGCAAAAUAGCGAGUCGAUAUGGAAUUGUCCCGCUGAGGGAGAAGCUUUUCCCCGAGGAAUCAAUGAAUCGAACAUACUUCGACUCUGGGGAGUUCGCUCUCAAUAACGCACACAAAUCAUCGGAAAUAUCCCCGAGCUUAGGCACCAAGCACCCACAACGCUCUAAUAUCUCCCAUCCAUUCUGCGCCGUACCUAGUUCCAGCAACGUCUGUGAGGAAGCAAAUGAUCCAAUCCAGGCACCAAAGGAGAGGCACCAGAGUCAUCUCCAAGACUCAGACUGCCAGGAAGAGGAGGCUUGA